AUGCCUCUACGGGGAUGGGAUGCGGUGGUAUCAGGCCUCUGGCUUGGGCGCCGCCCCUCGGCGACGUCACUGGGUACUGUGACGUCACUGGGUGCUGUGACAUCAGGGCAAUUAGCCCAGGACCCACAGCCCUGGCGCUCCGCACGCACCUCGGUAACAUCACAGCAGGUCCAGGCCAAUGAUAACCUUAUAAGAGGCCAUGUCGAAGCGCGACAUCGUCCUCACCAAUGUCACCGUUGUCCAGUUGCUGCGACAGCCGUGCCCGGUGACCAGAGCACCGCCCCCACCUGAGCCUAAGGCUGAAGUAGAGCCCCAGCCACAACCAGAGCCCACACCAGUCAGGGAGGAAAUAAAGCCACCACCGCCACCACUGCCUCCUCGCCCUGCUACUCCUCCUCCUAAGAUGGUGUCUGUGGCCCGGGAGCUGACUGUGGGCAUCAAUGGAUUUGGACGCAUCGGUCGCCUGGUCCUGCGCGCCUGCAUGGAGAAGGGUGUUAAGGUGGUGGCUGUGAAUGAUCCAUUCAUUGACCCGGAAUACAUGGUGUACAUGUUUAAGUAUGACUCCACCCACGGCCGAUACAAGGGAAGUGUGGAAUUCAGGAAUGGACAACUGGUCGUGGACAACCAUGAGAUCUCUGUCUACCAGUGCAAAGAGCCCAAACAGAUCCCCUGGAGGGCUGUCGGGAGCCCCUACGUGGUGGAGUCCACAGGCGUGUACCUCUCCAUACAGGCAGCUUCGGACCACAUCUCGGCAGGUGCUCAACGUGUGGUCAUCUCCGCGCCCUCACCGGAUGCACCAACGUUCGUCAUGGGUGUGAAUGAAAAUGACUAUAACCCUGGCUCCAUGAACAUUGUGAGCAACGCGUCCUGCACCACCAACUGUUUGGCUCCCCUCGCCAAAGUCAUCCACGAGCAAUUUGGGAUCGUGGAAGGGUUGAUGACCACAAUCCAUUCCUACACGGCCACCCAGAAGACGGUGGACGGGCCAUCAAGGAAGGCCUGGCGAGAUGGGCGGGGUGCCCACCAGAACAUCAUCCCAGCCUCCACUGGGGCUGCGAAAGCUGUGACCAAAGUCAUCCCAGAGCUCAAAGGGAAGCUGACAGGGAUGGCGUUCCGGGUACCAACCCCGGAUGUGUCUGUCGUGGACCUGACCUGCCGCCUCGCCCAGCCUGCCCCCUACUCAGCCAUCAAGGAGGCUGUAAAAGCAGCAGCCAAGGGGCCCAUGGCUGGCAUCCUUGCCUACACCGAGGAUGAGGUCGUCUCUAUGGACUUCCUCGGUGAUACCCACUCGUCCAUCUUCGAUGCUAAGGCCGGCAUUGCGCUCAAUGACAAUUUCGUGAAGCUCAUUUCAUGGUACGACAAUGAAUAUGGCUACAGUCACCGGGUGGUCGACCUCCUCCGCUACAUGUUCAGCCGAGACAAGUGAAAGGGGAAGGUCCUUUCUUUCCUUCCCAGGGGCCGGGGCCGGAACAUGUGCCUCCCGUUCCAGCAUCUGGCUGCCCGAGGGAGGAAGGGCACCCGGGGCGGGCGCCCCACGCCGAUGGGUCCAUGGUGAAAUAAAAAACAGUGCUCA